AUGAAAAGGAGUUCAGUGGUGUUGAUGGGGAAACGAUCAGCGACUGGGAAAGAUACAUCUGGAAACACACUCACCUGGUUCUUUUACAUGCUCUGCAAACAUUCUCAAAUUCAGGAAAUAGUUGCCCUAGAAGUGAAUGAAGCCACUGGAUCAUCCGACUAUACAAACUCCAUUGACGAAUUCUCCAUACAAUUAAUUGAAUCUGCCCUUGACAAAAUGCAUUAUCUUCACGCAGCUUUAACCGAGACUCUCAGACUCUAUACAGUUGUACCUCUGGAUGGAAAACGUUUAGAGGGAGAUGAUGUUUUACCCGAUGGGUUCAAAAUAAAGAAAGGAGAUGGUGUAAAUUACAUGGCGUAUCCAGUGGGAAGAAUGACAUACAUUUGGGGAGAAGAUGCAGAGGAAUUUUGGCCAGAAAGACGGCUCUACGAUGGCGUUUUUCAGCCUGAAAGUCCAUUCAAGUUUACUGCAUUUCAAGCUGGGCCAAGGAUGUGCUUAGGGAAGGAAUUUGCAUAUAGACAGAUGAAAAUAAUGGCAACUUUUCUUGUGUUCUUUUUCAAGUUUUGA